UAUGGAUUGUGCGCAAGCCGAAAUAGGAGCAGUGAAGUUAACACACAGAGAAGCGCACAUUGUUCUUUGUUCUUUUCAUGUUUGUCGUGCAUUUUGUCGUAAAGUAAAUUAUUUAAAAGCAUAAUUAAAAUUUCAAUUUUAGACGCGGAAUCCCAUUGUUAAGAACUACUUAUGUCGCUUAAUUCAGUGUAAAAGGAGAUCUGAAUUUAACUUCUAUUUCAGAGUUAUAAGCCGAUUGGAUGUUGGUGUCAGUCAGUAUUUACAACGUCGUUGGAUGAGUCGACGACACUUGUGGGCAGCAGCUUUCAGGGAACAUGUACUGACUUUGGGUAAUGAUACCAACAAUCGUGUAGAAAGUUCUCACAAGCAGAUGAAGCGGUACUUGCUUAGAUCAGAUAGUCUGCAUCAAAGCAUGCUGAAGGUUCACAAAUGGUUUCAACUUAGUAAUUCUAGAAUAGAGCAGGAGUCCAUGAUUGCUCAGUCGCGUUCCCUCAAGUAUUCAUGUUCCGAACGCAUAAUACCAAUUUUACGCCACCUGACGCCAUACACUGCGAAGAAAGUGAUCGCUGAUUAUGCGAAGCGACGAUGGACUUCUUUUCAGUUAGAAGGUUUUGAUUAUAUCUUCUUGGAUGACAAUGGGAGACCAGUAGAGGUGGAUCUGCGCGCAUGCACAUGUACUUGUAUGACGUUCCAGACUUGUCGGUAUCCCUGUCGACACUUGCUGAUG